AUGGCUUUGACCACUUUCCAAUUUUUAAACCAAAUUUUUAUCGCGUCUGAAAUCGUUUUCUUCAACAUUUUCGGAUUGUUUGGUAAUCUAAAUUUCAUAUUUCUUACUGCAACUAAAACUAAACUGAAAUCAAAAUCUUCGUAUCUUCAAUGUGCACUCUGCUUCUCCCACAUCAUCUGCCUCUCAUUCGAACUUCCAAACGCUGGCCUUCUGUUCACCGGAAUCCAGUUGAAACGAAAUCAAUGUUUUCCGGCAAUAUCCAUUUACAUUUUUUUUAUUUGUGCUCAAGCCGUGAUUAUCCUUAUGAUGACCCUCGACAUUUUUAUAAUCGUUUUCUUUCCUGCAUUCUAUCAAACAGUGACUACCUGGAAGUACCUCACUGGGAUGCUCACGAUCCCUGUCGUCUACUCUUCUGGAAUCGUAAUCUGGGGAUUCCUGGCUAUGGACGAUGAAAUCGUGAUGUUCUGUAACCCACCACUUGCUCUCUAUCAUACAGUAUCCCGUUUUUGGACAUUUUCCAACGUCAUUAUCAAUACCAUCACCUUGGUUUUGUUCAUAAGUUUAAUCUUACUUUUCUAUUACAAAGGAAAGAAGCAAAAGAGUGAUACCAGAAAAAUUAUGAAGCGUCUAAAAGUGUCUAUCCUAUUUUUCAUCUUCACCUGGUACAUAGGUUUACUGGCUGCAGACUUGUUCGUGGCUCUCGGCUUCACGGGGCCUACAUUAAUUUUCAUGAUGAGCAAUUUGGUUUUCUUUGUCCUGAUCUCCUAUUCUCAAUUCUUCUACGUUGUCAUUUGGAGAUCUCCAGAAUACCGAAACGCAUUCUUUGAAGCAUGGAGUUGUAUUCCUUGCUGCGCAGGUCUCAAGGAAAAACACAUUAUGUCUACAAAAAUAUCGGCCACUGCUCAUUCCCAUCAAGCAGCGUCAACAGUUUCUUCAACAUAA